CCUUUGAUGUGAAAAUGACCAAGUUAGGGUUUCUCCGGCUGUCCUACGAGAAGCAAGACACUCUGCUCAAGCUCCUCAUCUUGUCGAUGGCAGCUGUGCUGUCUUUCUCCACGAGGCUUUUUUCCGUCUUAAGAUUUGAAAGCGUCAUCCAUGAGUUUGACCCGUAUUUUAACUACCGCACAACCCGCUUUCUGGCGGAGGAAGGCUUCUAUAAAUUCCACAACUGGUUUGACGACCGAGCGUGGUACCCCUUGGGCAGGAUCAUCGGUGGGACCAUUUAUCCAGGCCUGAUGAUCACGUCAGCAGCGAUUUACCACGUGCUGCACUUCUUCCACAUCACCAUCGACAUCCGAAAUGUCUGCGUGUUCCUGGCUCCCCUCUUCUCCUCUUUCACCACCAUAGUGACUUACCACCUCACCAAAGAGCUCAAGGACGCAGGGGCAGGACUCCUUGCUGCCGCCAUGAUUGCAGUUGUGCCCGGCUACAUCUCUCGAUCUGUUGCUGGCUCCUACGAUAACGAAGGUAUCGCCAUAUUCUGCAUGCUGUUAACUUACUACAUGUGGAUCAAAGCUGUCAAAACCGGCUCCAUCUAUUGGGCAGCGAUGUGUGCUCUUGCCUAUUUCUACAUGGUCUCCUCGUGGGGUGGCUACGUCUUUCUGAUUAACCUCAUCCCUUUGCAUGUUCUUGUGCUGAUGCUGACCGGCCGCUUCUCCCACAGGAUCUAUGUAGCCUAUUGCACGGUCUACUGCUUGGGAACCAUCCUCUCGAUGCAGAUCUCCUUUGUUGGCUUCCAGCCUGUCCUCUCCUCGGAGCACAUGGCUGCCCUUGGAGUCUUUGGCUUGUGUCAGAUCCACGCCUUCGUAGACUACCUUCGGAGCAAGCUGAACCCGCAGCAAUUCGAAAUCCUCUUCAGGAGCGUCAUUUCCCUGGUUGGCUUCGUCCUCCUCACCAUCGGGGCCGUGCUGAUGCUCACAGGGAAAAUCUCCCCGUGGACGGGGCGUUUCUACUCCCUGCUGGAUCCUUCCUAUGCAAAGAACAACAUCCCCAUCAUCGCCUCUGUCUCCGAGCACCAGCCCACCACUUGGUCCUCCUAUUACUUUGACCUCCAGCUUCUCGUUUUCAUGUUCCCAGUCGGGCUGUAUUACUGCUUCAGUAACCUCUCGGACGCCCGCAUUUUUAUCAUCAUGUACGGCGUGACCAGCAUGUACUUCUCUGCUGUGAUGGUGCGUCUUAUGCUGGUGCUGGCCCCGGUGAUGUGCAUCCUGUCCGGCAUCGGGGUUUCUCAGGUGUUGUCCACCUACAUGAAGAACCUGGAUAUCAGCCGGCCGGACAAGAAGAGCAAAAAGCAGCAAGACUCCACCUACCCCAUCAAAAACGAAGUUGCCAGUGGCAUGAUCCUGGUCAUGGCUUUCUUCCUGAUCACCUACACCUUCCACUCCACCUGGGUGACCAGCGAGGCCUACUCCUCCCCAUCCAUCGUGUUGUCCGCCCGGGGAGGGGACGGCAGCAGGAUCAUCUUUGAUGACUUUAGAGAAGCUUAUUACUGGCUGCGUCAUAACACGCCGGAGGACGCAAAGGUGAUGUCCUGGUGGGACUACGGGUACCAGAUAACUGCCAUGGCCAACCGGACCAUCCUCGUGGACAACAAUACCUGGAACAACACGCACAUCUCCCGCGUCGGUCAGGCCAUGGCAUCGACGGAGGAGAAAGCCUACGAGAUCAUGAGGGAGCUGGAUGUCAGCUACGUGCUGGUGAUCUUCGGAGGCCUCACCGGGUACUCGUCUGACGACAUCAACAAGUUCCUGUGGAUGGUUCGGAUCGGGGGCAGCACGGACACGGGGCGCCACAUCAAGGAGCACGACUACUACACCCCCACGGGGGAGUUUCGGGUUGACCGCGAGGGCUCCCCGGUGCUCCUCAACUGCCUCAUGUACAAGAUGUGCUACUACCGCUUCGGCCAGGUCUACACCGAGGCCAAGCGACCGCCGGGCUACGACCGGGUGAGGAACGCCGAAAUUGGUAACAAGGACUUUGAGCUGGAUGUGCUGGAGGAGGCGUACACCACAGAGCACUGGCUGGUCCGAAUAUACAAGGUGAAGGAUUUGGAUAACCGUGGCUUGUCGAGAACGUAG